ACAGCAGCGCGUGACACGUGUGUGAAAGGGUAUUGGCACGAGUUUUUCAAAUUUGUUGUAAACAUUCAAGAUGGCGUCUCGGUGGAGGACGUGGGACUCAGAUUUCUUUAUCGACGCCCAUUCCUCUAAAAUGCCCGAAGAGACGGAACUAAUACCAGCAGUAGGACAGGGAAGAGGGAAACCUCUGAAAGACAUCGCUUCUCUCACCCUUCCAAAGGCUGCUUUGGGAAUAACAAAGGAGAAAAAUACUGCUCAAGCUCCCGCGACAGGCCGGGGAAGAGCAAGUGUAAUGAAAGCACGUGCGCUUACAGACUUACCUCCAAUUAGGAGACCAGGGGAGAAGACAACGACUACACGUACCACUGUUGUCGAUCGGCUGGAGUCAUUUCCUCCAUUGUCAGCAACCAACCCCGACCCUCCAUCACCCAAAUGGGUGAAAGAACAGACUAAAUCAAAACCAGUUACAGGCACUGCACCACAGACAGCCACAAAAUCAUCAGUCGAUGAACCAGUUUCUAAUUCAACUUCACCAGGAGUUUCCAAAAGAAUGCAGGAAGAUUUGUUGUCAGCUGAUGGCAGUGAUGUUAUCAUUAUUGAGAAUUUUCCUUCAACCAUUAAUGAGCAGGAUUUAGUUGAUCUAUUUAAGCCAUAUGGUGAUGUUCUAGCGUGUGUCAUUGAAAGAGACAGUCAAGGAAUAAGCUUAGGAACAUCACUUAUCAGAAUGGAAAGUAGGAACGCUUGUGAGUGGAUAAUAAACACAUUUAGUGGCGAGGAGUACCCUGGAGGAGGUAAACCUAUGGCGUGUCGUUUCCUAACAGACGAGUAGCAGCGACGAAUAUUGAUAUAAUUAAAUCCCGUUCUCUCACAAAAAA